AUGGUGUGGAAUGUGCAAGGGGCCGGGAGUCGGGAAUUUAUUUCGGUUCUCAAGGAAGUAAUCAGAUUACAUAAACCAACUGUGCUUGCUCUAGUAGAGACUCAUAUGGGAGGAGAACAAGUUGUUCGAAUAGCAACGAUGUUAGGCUAUAGUGGCCACACCCGAGUGGAUGCGCAAGGGUUCAGUGGGGGGAUUUGGGUAUACUGGAAACCUGAACUAGUGACAGUUGAUCCCAUUGAACAAAGCAACCAAUAUAUAACCAUGAUAAUCACAAGAAGAGGGGAGGAGCCUUGGUACCUGACUACGGUGUAUGCUAGCCCAGACCCUUCCAACAGACAAGAUCUUUGGCGGGACCUCACUGACUUUGCUUCGAGAAACAACAAACCAUGGCUCUUGGCGGGGGAUUUUAAUGAAACUAGAGCAGGAUGGGAACGUAGCUCAAGUUGUGCCGAAACAACAAGGAGAAGUGAACGAUUUAAUCUAUGGGUCGAGGACACUCAACUAAUUGAAGUUGAGUUUUCUGGACCAUCACACACAUGGGCACGAGGCAACACAAUGGAGACCCGUCGAAGUGCAAGACUAGAUCGAGCAUUAUGCAAUGCUGAGUGGGGAUUAUGUUUUGAUAAGGCUAGAGUCAAACAUCUGCCUGCUCUACAAUCUGACCAUUGCCCCCUUCUGAUUUCCUCUAAUGGUUUCGCUCCAAUAUCAGCUAUUAAUCGCCCAUUCAGAUUUCAAGCCGCGUGGUUAAGUCAUGAGAAAUUUGCUGAAUUUAUGACAGAAAAGUAG